AUGGUGGCUCCAGAACUGAAGUUGUGUUUGGCUUGGAUGCAUGCAGAGCCUGAGGCAGGUGUCAAGAACUGAGCAGAAGACUUCUCGCCCAUUGUUCCAAAGCGUCGCAUGAAAAGCCAAAAAUAAAGCGACACUUGAGGGGCCCUCCGCCCGUCGAAUAUCCUCAAAUGAUCCACCUUCCGUUCGUGACGGCCCUGAUACGGUUGCCGCCGUCGAUCAGCCUCGCCUCGAGGACUGCGGUCACUUGUCUUUUGCUCCCCUCGGCUCCGCCUGCGGCUAUUUGCCUCCUCCUUUUCAGUCGUUGUCGCGUUCCACUCGUGCUCCCUGUCCGCUGCCGAAUUCUCCUUGAUAUUGCUCAUUUUUUUUUCUCUUUUUUUCCUCUUUUUUUCAGGUUUUACUUUUUUAAAAGAAAUUAUGAGAAAUUUCCUCUGGUCUUCUUUCACGAAAAGAAAAAGUAAGUAUCUAGACAUACUUUGACGAUAAACUCUUCAGCGGCUUCCGUUUUUUUGUUGUUUUAUUGAUUGAAUUGAAAGUUUUAGCUCCAGUCUUUUAGCCCUAUUGAGGACAUUCAUUUAAGAUGCACUAAUUUAAUUUAUCACGUUUUUCUGAAUUGGAUACACAUUGAAAAAUCCAGAAAAAAAAAAUCCAGAAACACGUUAUCCAGAAAUGGUUUCGAGUAAGAUUUUAUAAUCCAAGCUUUAUUUUGAAUGAAUGAUGAUGAUUUAAGACAGGCCGUGAAAAAUUGAAGCUUUUGCGUCGGCAUACACCGCUUGUAUACCAUAACGGCAUUUUCAUAAAAAAAAAAUCUCGAAUAUUUUUUCUUUUUGGUUCAUAAAAUUUUUUUUAUCCAUCCAACCAUCAACCUGAUGAAACAACCGUUUCCAUUGUAACUAAACUUUUUGUCGUUUUCAUUGAAAAUGCGAUUUCAGACCAAGAGUCCGAAGGGUCGCCAGAAAAUGAAAAAAAUAGUUCUCGCGACGAUUUUUGUUGGGGUCGUUUUAGCCAAUUCAGGUACGUCUUUUUUUUUUGAAUUUAAUGACAAAAAAAUUAUUUAGCUCUGAAUUGAAAAAAAUUGGAGAACUUUUUGUUUUGAAAAAUUAAAAGUUUCCCAUUCAAUCCGGUCACUUUGAUUCUCCUUUUCUAAUAAUUCAAAGCGUCCUCAUUAGAAAAAAGAUGGAAAGAGAAGGGAACAAUCAGACAUUUUUAGGUUUUAUAAGCUCAAAAAGGGAUCGAGCAGAUUAAAAAAAAACUUAUUGAGAGAAAAUAAAACUGCCUCCCUUUAGAAGUUUAUACUCUCAUAAAUUUUGAUUUUAAUGUGACUUAAGUUCAAAAAUAGAUUUUUUAGGUCUUUUUUCUUUAGUGCAGCAUGAUUACUAACUGUUAUCGUCUAUGACAACUGUAUAUGAAAACGAUGAACCCAAAUAUCGUGCACACAUGUGGGCUCACGGCUUCUGUUUGUUCAAUUUCUUUCGGCCAUCUUCGCCCUUUCUCACCACUGAAAUCAACCCUCGAGUCUGCGCGCGAGUCACACCAAUCCUCGUGAAACAAUCACUUCUUUCCUCCUUUUUUUUUCUUUUCGCACCUUGCUUCUCUUUUCAAACGAAGAGCCGGUCACUUUGAUCGGAGCAACUCAAACUUCGAAACUAUUAUGAAUAAAAAAUAAUGGAAAGUAAGAAAUUGUAACAUGAUGUUGAAAAAAGCCAGUGAGAUUCGAGGAAAUGAAAAAACAAGAAAAAUAUUGAAAUGAUCAAAAAUAAGCUCGGAAGAUUAGAAAUAUAUAGCAUGUGGUAGAACAAUUAUAUAACGGCCGGUAAAGUUCAGAGAACUCUUGGUUGAAAAUCUUGAAUAAAUCUUCCUCAACCUCUGAAAUUUCGUAAUUUGUUACAAAACGAAGUUGUUAAAGUAUUUAUCAUUUCUAAUAUGCAGAGGCGAUCAGCUUAUCUCUGUUUUUUGGCUAAACAUUAGUUUUUAUUUUUUUUCUCCGAAAAAAAAAUAGUAAUCAUAUGUGGGAAACGGUUCAUUGUAUUUCUGCUUGUUACAAAACGAAGUUGUUAUGUCGAUUAUAAAAGAUAGAAGUUGAAUGUCAGAGAUAUUUUCGGCUUAUAACUCGCAGACUUUCCCUUAGAAAAUCAGAUAUUCAGUGAUUUAUGAAGGGGUAUGUCUCUGGAAGGAAAGGGGAAGAUUUGAGCGUUUUUGUUGGAUUCAGCUCACUAAAAAUUAUGACGUCUGAUAAAGAUGAAAAAAGGUUUUCAACCUUGGGUAACUGUAACGCACGGCCUUCUAAUAGAAAUCUUUAUCAGCAACUGGGCUGGAAUUCUUCUCAAAACUCUCAACAAUCAUUUUUUUAAAUGAAAUUGUACAAUAAUCUAAUCUUCCGAAAAACGCAGCUCCAAUCGAAAGGGCAGUUAUAAUUUUUAUAGAAAGAUAAUCUUAAAUCUUAACUGAUUGUGAAAAAAAAUUUGGUUUUAGUGUCGCGACAGGCGGCAGUGAGCAAGGCCAUCGAACAGACCAAGUCGCGACAGACGGCGGCCCAAAGUCCUCAACGGGUGCCGCCACGCCAGAACGUGCGUUUGAGUGUUGAUUUCAGCACAACGGUAACUUUUUGCUCUCGGUUAUUCUUCACUUUGAACGGCAGUUAAGCCGAAAGUUGAUUAAGCUGAAAAGCUCUUGAUAGAGAGUCUAUGUGAGGAAUACCGGCGAGUCUGCUCGCAAAUUAGUUAUAGUCGCUAACAUUGGGCUGGUGCAAUUGCUGGAAAUCUCUCAUUGCUUGCACAGAUAGAUAGUUGUUAUGGGCACUAAUAUCUUCGUGAAUAUGGACAUUUUGCCAAUAAAAGUGAGCAGUUGGACGUUUGAAACUUUUUUUCUAUCUAUGAACAAAUUACCGAGAAAUUAAAAAAAAGUUUACUGCUUGUCUGAAUUUGUCUUAAUUUCCAUAUGAUACAAUCAUAUCGCCGUGAGUUGAAAGCCGAUUAUUGAAUGUGGAACUGCACAACGCGUAACAGCUUUGGAACGGUUGCUCUGAAGAAUCAACCUGACUCAAUCAAUCCAUUUUUGCUAGUCUUCGAACUAUUCCAAGUGCGACCACGGAGUUUCAAGCCACGGCGAAUGAUGUUCACAUCUAAGCUAAUGUUUUGUUGACAUUGUUCAAAUUUUUUUUUGCUUCUUUCAUAAUAUUUUACACUUGGUUCAAUUAUCAUGGUGGCUUUUUUUUUUGUUGAAAUAUAGGUCGCUUAUCGGGUUCUUGAAUUUUCCUCGAAGCGGCAUUUAGUAGUUUUGGCUUGCAUGUGUCCGACGGAUCUGCGAACCUUCAGGCGCUGUUUUUCAGUCCUCUCCAGGCAAAAAUGAGGGUCUCGACGUGGACAAAUUGAACCGGCUGAUACGGACUCUCGACAAGACGUGGAUCAUGCCUCGAACCGGCGCCAAGGAACCUGUUGGCAGUAAUUUCCAGGUCCUUGGAGAAAGAAGAACGGCUUGAAGAUGGCUUUUACAGUACAAGAAGACGUGCGCCUCGAUCUACAAGGCUCGGCACGGAGCCUGUCAACAGAUUGGCUUCGGCGUGAUGUGCUUCAACUACUGUCAUGAGCGAGGUUAUUACAUUUUCCCAAGGAUUGCGGAAAAUACGUCGGUUGGAUCCCACCCCGGGAUCAACGAAUUGCGGUCUACCCACCGCGAAUUGCGGCCUUCCCUUCGAAAAUUACGACCUAUUUCAGUAAAUUUUCGACUAUUUUUCCGUGCGCAAAAAGCUGAGGUGGGAUCCAGUUCACGUAUGUUGCGAAAGAACAGGUUUUUAGCCCUUUCUACAAGCGUAAAUCAGUUUUGAAUCUAAAAAAAGAAGUCCUGUUUUGAAAAGUUCAAAGUAAACGUUAAGUUGAAACUCUUCUUUCUCCUCUCUUCCAUUUUUUUUUCCAAAGGCUAGAGAUUCGGAGCCACUUCUGUGAAAUAGACUAUAGCUUAUUAUUUUUAUUUUUUUGAUAGUUCAUCAAUGAAAAAAAGCUCCGAGUGUGCUUGCUUUGAAACACAUAGAAAGAAAAAAAGUAUUUUCUUUUUGAAUUCGAUGCAAAAAAAGAUGAGAACCAGAGUUGGGUGUUGUGGCAUCUUAAAGGAUCCAAUUUUUUUCUUUUUCUGUACUAAGAACAAAGUUUGAUAUUUUUCUUCAUUCUGUGCGCAAAUAAUUGAUAUUUUUAGCUGAUAGUUUUUUUCGAAAUGCUUUUUACAAAAAAAUUAUAUUUUUUUAUCAGUCUUUAACGUUUUAUAAAGGAUUCCGGCUGGAUUUGAUGGACUCUGAAAAGGUUUUUUCGCAGGAGAAAAGUUGUCGUUCAAAUGUCAAGACGCCUCGGAUGCGUCCUACUGUCGGCAGUCGGGAACCUUCGAGACGUUUUUGGCCAAGUACCGCAAGGACGGCUAUAAGGCCAAGGCCUACAUUCAUCAGGUUCCUUUUCUCUAAAAACUUCAUCAAGAAAUUUGCUCAGAUGAUCUCACGGUGCUACUCGACCGCCAUUUGCAACACCCAGUCAGGAAUUCUCAAUUCCACGAUUAUCGAAGACGAGGGUGACGUCGUCGAGGCCACCACCAAGGUUCUUUAUUCUUUUUCUGAUCUUUAGUAAGUACUCGAAAGAUUUUUAAUUGUCUUUCAGAACUAAUGGCUAUAUUUCUCCAUACGCAUCAUCUUCUUUUUCAGUUUUUCAGUUGAUCGAAACUCUUUAGUUAAACUCUUAUGCUGUUAAAAUACUCCCCUCUCGGAGAACACCACUUUUCUUAGCCGCUGGUUUUUUCUAUGGAAAACCACGUCAAUGAACAUAUUGAUGCAGUCUUAUCCAUUUUUUUAAAAGUUGGGUCUGAAAAAAAUUCUAUUCAUUAAUUAUCUGCAGUUAAAGGUAAAUAGUUGAAAAUUCAGUUGAAUAAGGCAAAAAGAGUGAGAAAUGGUUUUUUAAAGAUUCAUCUAGGGGGUGAAGCGUCAUUUGCGCAAUGAUUUGAUUUUUUUUUUAGAAAAUCAUUUCUCUCAAAGAUAAAGUGCCAUUUCGCUAUUAUGACCGGUCAGAAUUUCAAGAAAACUAAUGAGCUCUAUUUGGAAUCUAAUUUUAUCUUCCUCAUUCACGUAAAAAUUAUUUUUGUUUCGUUUUUUUUUACUUUCUGUCAUGAAAAUUAUUUGGUUUAAUAAAUUCUAAUACCAGUUUCUUUUUGCACGUAUUAAGUUAGCAGAACAACCGCCUGAAGCUUUUGACGCGACCGCCCGGAGGACUGAAGCUUCUGAAGUUGAAGACGACUACGACGACGAUGGCGCCGGAGCCGGAGCCAGAGGAACCAGAAGACGUCGACGAGCUUCCAACGACUCCAGCUAGAAAGUCAAAGGUGCUUGGCAUGGCUCUUUUGUUAUCUCAUGCUUGGCUAUUUUCGGGUAUAAAUGCAAACAACUUGAAAAUUUACUCAGUAGAUCAAAAUGUUUGUUUUUUCCCCUCUUCUCAGUUCUUAACAACAGUCUUUAUUUGGACACACGCUGCUGGAACCAUGGUUAGUCGCAGAAGUCUUUAUUUUGCGAAUCUCUUAGAUUUUUCUGAAAAAAAAACAAUUCUGAAUUCCAGGCCGAAAAAAACAAGGUUUCGCUGAGGUCACGACCUACGCCUCCUCUUGUACCUGAAACCCCGUCCACGACAGCUAAACCUAAUAUUUGGGACAAGUGAGUGAUUCUCUACUAUUGCACACUUUAUGAUGUUUUUUUCGGUCAAAAAAAUUUCCGUCAAAAAACAAACGCCUAGGUGGACCGAGUAAACGCAAGCUCAUGCUUUUUUUUGACCGCGAUAAGCAUGCAUUGGAAAUUUAAAAAAAAUUAUAAGUUUUAGUUUCGUCGGUUUUCGUACUUCGAAUCCACAUUUUCAAGAUUGUUCGAAAUGUUUGUACACAAUUUGUAUUCGAACGGUUUUUAUCAGUUCAUUAAUAUGAUUAAACACAGUGUUUAAAAAAAGUGGACAGUGCGUUGCGAAGCCACGUCUCACAAGACUAGAUCGAAUAGUCCUACGGGAAAGGAAAAUCCUCGGACGACAUUGACGUAUUCCCGUCAUUGGAGAGAUCAGACAACAGUACGAUAUAGACUCGCAUAAAACACAAAACGUCAUAUUUAGGUUUUUAAAAGAUUCAUAAGUUAAUUAGAAGAUAGUGGAUGGAGUACCGAACAUGAUGUAGAACUUCUAGAAAAAGCACUCGAGUUCAAAGAUUUUUUUUGGCUUAUAUGAGCUUUGACACUGCGAAUCUGUAUGUGACCUCCAAUUUUUUUUUGAUUAAGAACUUUUAGUCUGCGCAAAUACUCGCUCUCCGAACAGGCGAUUUGAAGAUGAAAAAGUAGGUGUUGUUAUCAGAAGCGGCGGCGCGCGAGCGGGGGUCCCUAUGAGCACUCGAGUGCUUCGUGUACCUUUCGAGAUGCACGAAGGUCAGCAGAACAUUUCGAAUUACGCAACAGCAAACAAUGGGCUCCUUCUUCAAGCACCGAACACACGCUCACGCAAAUAUACAGAAACACCCGCGUCUAUGCUUGCUCCAGUUCAUUUCGCAGAGCAUGAAAAAAAAAUGGACGUGAGGGCUGACUCGUAAAAAACUUUUCUGAUUUUUUCGUGUAAGUCCAAUCUGCAACAACCUCAUCUUGAAAGUUCAAUUUAACAAAAGAGAAUGAGAAACACGACUAACCAGAAGAAAGAUCACAAUAUUACAUAAGGGUUUUUAACUGCUUUUGCCGGGUUUUCUUUUGCGAACUCAAAGUUAAAAAGGCAGUUUGAGGAUAAUGAAUGAUGGAAAAGUUGAAGGUUCACGGUGGGACAAAAAGCGCGACCUACUCCUAAGUACAUCCCCUUCUGGCAACGUCUUCUGUCGACGACGACUGGCGCCCCCAAAGAAGAUGAUAUCGACGUAGACAGGGAGACAUCUACCGAGAUCACGGAGGAGGUCCUAUCCAUAAAAUAUUUCCCCUUGAUCCUUUUUUUCUCAGAUUCUCAUCGCCACAACGCCAGCAGAAAAAGUAGAUGAAGUGAAAGAAGAGUCAGAGGAAGAACCUGAAAAAGAAGAUAAAACGGAGCAGUCCACACAGGCUACCACAAAGGUCACGCCUCCUAUUGAAGACGUCGUCGUCACGUUGGUUGUCUUAUUAUUUCUCACUCUCAAUGGGGCUGUUCAGAAAGCAGCCUGUGCAGAAAAACAACCGAGAAAAGCCAAAGGAGAAGCACACGUUCCGACCGCUGCCAGUGACGACGCCACCUCCGCCAGGACCUGAGCUUUCGCAUCAGAAGCCCAACGACAAUGCCGUGGAUGGAGGUUUGUUGACUUCAAUUUCCCAGCAGACAUGCUACAAAAGUUUUGCUUGCUUUUCAUUUCAAUUAGGAAGGAUUUAGUGUCGGGUCCUGGGUUCUGGAAUCGGUUCCAGCCAAAUCGCUGGUUUCAGUCGAUCCACUACGUCACCAACACCGGCAAGUAA